AUGGAACCGAUUUUACAGAGUGUAAAUUUUGAAAAUUCUUGUCCGGGUCAAGCCGGCGGUAUGGCGGGAUAUUAUUUUAUACAAUUGAUGCACAUGCUGUUAUCAUCUCAUUGCACGUUAGGGGAUCCAAACGAUUAUCCAAAGGAUUAUUGGAAUGAUUUAAAAGAUGGGGAUAAAUUCGAUUUUAUUAUCGUCGGAGGAGGGUCGGCGGGAUCCGUGAUAGGGAAUCGACUGAGCGAAAUUUCGUCAUGGAAAAUAUUAUUGAUCGAAGCCGGAGGGAUUCCAACUUUCGAAUCCGACAUACCAGGAUUUUUUUUAAGCGUGCCCGGAAGGGAUCCGUCGGAUUGGAAUUUCAUAACGCAAAAAAAUAAAAAUUCAUGUUUGGGAAUGGAAGACGAGGGUUGCGCUUUGUUUCAGGGAAGAGUUUUCGGGGGAACGAGCACUCUGAACAACAUGCACUACAUCCGAGGGAAUCGAAAGGAUUACGACGAGUGGGAAAGAGCGGGAAACGACGGUUGGAAUUACGAAAACGUAUUGAAAUAUUUUAAGAAAUCGGAAAAACUCGACGAUGAAUUCCGAAUAGUCGGACGCGAUGAAUAUGGCGGAACGUACGACGAACUCGUUAAAAUUCACGGGGGCGACGAUUGGAAAUUACACGUCGCGUCUAAAAUAGCCGCGGGAAAAUAUCACUCUAGGGGUGGCUCCAUGGGCGUCAAUCAUUUCGCAUACGAUUUCUCUUUGUCUCACGUGAAAAAAGCAUUGUGCGAUGCAGCCGAAGAGGUCAACAUAUCGAGAACGCCGGAUUUCAAUUGGAUAACGCAGAGGGGAUGCGGUAAAACGAUGGCCGUUUUGAACGAAGCCGCUCGCGGAAAUUCCGCCAAAGUUUUUUUGUCGCGAGUUAAAAAUCGGGAAAAUUUAUUCGUCGUGCGAAACGCCGUCGUUACAAAAUUAAUUUUAAAUGGUAAAACCGUUCGAGGCGUGGAAGUGUUCGCGAACGGGAAAUCCCUGAACGUUUACGCGGAAAAAGAAGUUAUUUUAUCCGCGGGCGUCGUCAAUUCGCCACGUUUGCUCCUCCUCUCCGGCAUAGGACCCGAAGAAGAGCUCGAGUCCGCAGGGAUACGACCCGUUCAUCAUUUGCCCGGAGUCGGGAAAAAUUUUCAAGCUCACCUCACAUUUUUCGGUCUUCCGUUUGCGGUUAAAAAAAAAUCGGAAGCGAUUAAUCAUUUGGAAAAAGUAGAUGCCAUGUAUCAAUUUAUCUCUCGGGGAGAGGGCAUGUUUGGAAACAUCGGGUUAAACGACGUCGUGAUUUUUGGCAACACGGAAGGGAAAAAUGACGGGGAGCCACCCGACGUGAAAUUUCUUCACUAUUUGAAUCGCGUUAAAGACUAUUACACUUUCAACGAAUUGUUGACGUCAUUGAAAAUAAAAAAUGACAUAAGGAGUCAAUACUCGAAAGCUUAUUCCCAAUCGGAUGUUUUAUUGAUGUGUCCCACAUUGUUGCGACCCAAAAGCAGAGGAGAAAUCGUUUUGGUCGACAGUCAUCACGACACUCGACCCAAAAUCAUAUCCAAUUACUUGCAAGACAACGAAGACGUUCAAACUCUGAUUCGGGCUGCAAAAUUAGCCGUUCGACUGUCGGAAACGAAACCGUUGAAAGAUUUGGGAGUGGAAUUGAUCGAACUCAAAAUCGGUCCGUGCGGAAGUUUCGAUUUCAAAUCCGACGAGUAUUGGGAAUGUUUGAUAAGGCACUUGACGACGAGCAUGUACGACGCUUCCGGCACGUGUAAAAUGGGUCCACCCGACGACGAGAUGGCAGUCGUCGAUGCCGAAUUAAAAGUACGCGGCGUUAAUCGUCUCAGAGUGGCGGAUUCAAGCAUUUUACCCGACAUCGUGAGGGGUAGCACGAGCGUGUGUUCCGUCAUGAUCGGCGAAAAAGUAUCGGAUUCGAUUAAAAAAACUUGGAAAAAAUUUAAAAACGAUGAACUUUGA